AAAAAGAAACUAUUCAUAUUGACGCCGAUUAUCUCUCCUCAUCGUUGAGAUUGUUCUCUAAAAUUGCACUUGUUCAACUGUAUUCUGUUGCGGAGGCAGAAAAGGCAAGUGCCGUGGAAUUUCAGUCAAUGGGUGAUUCUUCAAGUUGCCGUUUCAAAUGGACAAUUGAGAGCUUUACGAAGCUUAGUGUCAGGAAACUCUAUUCUGAUAUUUUCUACGUAGGAGGCUACAAAUGGAGGAUUUUAAUUUUCCCGAAAGGGAACAACGUGGAUCACUUGUCGAUGUAUCUCGAUGUUGCUGAUUCGGAAACUUUGCCUUAUGGAUGGAGUAGAGAUGCCCAGUUUAGCUUGUCUGUCAUCAAUCAGAUUCAUAGUGAAGGCACAGUUGAAAAGGUUAGAAAACAUGUGUUCAAUGCAAGUGAGAGCGACUGGGGUUUCGCUUCAUUCAUUCCUCUUAGUGAACUAAAUUCUUCUGCUAGCGGUUUUAUUUUGAAAGACACAUGCAUCGUUGAAGCAGAGGUAAAGUUGUGUGGUCUGGACAAAGAGGAAGUAAAGAAAAAGGAAGAAGCUGAAGCAUGCGUGGAUAAUGUCAUAAAG